AUGAAGACGUCGGAGGUGAAACGUCGCCGGCUGGGGGAGGAGCUUUUCCAACUGGCACGUUCAGGGCUGCGCGAACGACGCAAUCUUCACGAUGGUGUUGCUCAGUCGUCCGCGGUGUGCACGGCGAUGUCUCUCGAAGCGACGGCGGCUGUUGUGGGUGGCAGUGCGACACCUUUGAGAGAAGAUAAGAAUAGGGGAGAAGCAAUUCAGUUCAAAUGGGAGAGAGGGAUGCAGUUUUGCGUUGUUUACGGAUGGAGAUAUACUCCUAUUAGGAAAUCCAGAAGAAUGGCAAACCUUCCGACUAAACCGUUAGAGAAAGUUAUUAACUUACUCGGGGAAGCGAGUAUUCGCCAGCUUGAUUAUAUUGUCAACUGUGAAGGCCAUGUUAAGGAAUUAAAAGAACUCACUGAGACUCUUGAAAGUAGGAGGCAAACGGUGAAUGAGCGAGUUCAAGUUGCAAAAGACAAUGCAGAAGAAAUCACACCUGCUGUUGAAGAUUGGCUUAAGAAGGUGGCGGAAAAGAAGGAAGAAAGUAAGGAGUUUGAAGAUGAUGAAACCCUCAAAUCCAAGACAAGUUGCUUUGGCGGGGGGUGCUCUAGCGGGGCUCUCCCUUUUUUGUGGCGCAGGCGUCAACUUGGCAGGAAAGCAAAGAAGAUAUUGGCACCGGCAAUCAAGCAGCUGAAUAAUGAAACUCCUGAUGGUGCAAAUAUCUCUUAUCGACAAGCUCCAAUGUUUGAGGAUUGCAAUUCAUCUGGCGGUGGCUAUCUCGAAUUUGAAUCAAGGAAGGGUAUAAUUGAGAAGGUCAUGGAGCGAUUAAAAGAUUCCAAGGUAAGAAUGGUUGGACUACAUGGGCCUAGUGGCGUGGGCAAGACCUCUCUGGUAGAACAAAUUCGAAAACAAGCUAAGGACAGCAUAUUGUUCGACAAGGUAGCCAUGGCAACCAUAAAAGAAGAACCAGACCUUCAAAAGGUUCAACAAGAUAUUGCGGACGGUUUAGGAUUGACCUUUGGAAAUGAAGGUGAGAAUGGGAGAGCAUCUCUUUUGAGAAAGAGGUUGAAGCAGGGGAAUACCCUUGUGAUCCUGGAUGACCUUUGGGAAGAAUUGGACCUGAAUAAGAUUGGAAUUCCAUUUGAUGAAGAUGAUGUUUCAAGCCACGUGAUGCACCAAGAAAGACCAGAGGAGGAAGAGCAAAUAACAAGUGAAAAUUCUUCUAGCACCACCAAGGGAUGCAAACUUUUUGUCAUUUCAAGAUCUAAAGAAGUGUUGCAAAAUAAAAUGAAUGUCGAAGAAAAAUCAAUCGUCCUUGUCCCCGAGUUAGACAUGGAAGAAACUUUGAGAUUGUUCAAGAAAGUGGUUGGAAUGUCGAAUAAAAAUCCUAACUUCAAUAGCGAAGCUCUUCACAAGUACUGUGCAGGAUUGCCAAUGGCAGUUAUUCUAGUCGGGAAGUCAUUAAAGAACAAGAGCGAUUCAGAGUGGGAAGGCGAACUAGAAAGAAUAAAAAACCAACAAGAAUCAAAUGAAGUGCAAAAGUACAUGGAGAAAUACGUGAGGAUGGGCUAUGAUCAUCUAGCAAGCGAGGAGCUCAAGUCCACUUUCCUUGUGUGUGCUCAAAUGGGUCAUCAAUCAUUAAUUUCUGACUUGGUGAAGUACUGCUAUGGUUUGGGCAUACUUAAAGAUGUUCAUACUCUGAGAGAUGCCCGCAAGAGCAUAUCGAAGUCAAUCAAGAAGCUAAAAGAUUCAGGCUUGUUGGAUAGUAAUUCCGGUGAUCAUUUCAAUAUGCAUGAUAUAAUUCGAGAUGCUGCUCUGUCUAUGGCGUGCAAGAAUCAGAAUGUGUUUAUCCUGAGAAAUAAAACGUUGGAUGUCUGGCCUGACAAGAAAGAACUUGAGAGCUGCAUUGGAAUUCAUCUACACAAGAGCCAUAUCAUGGUUGAACUCCCAGAAGUUUUGAAUUGUCCUCAACUCAAAUUUUUUCAUAUUGACAGUGAUGAUUCAAGUUUAGAAAUACCAGACAGGUUUUUUGAAAGAAUGGAAGAACUCAGAGUAUUAGUAUUAUCUGGAAUUCAUAUACCAAGUCUGCCGUCUUCAAUUAAAUGCUUACCAAACCUCAGAAUGCUUUGUCUGGAGAACUGCACUCUUGGUAACUUGUCAAUUAUAAAUAAAUUGAAAAAUUUAAGAAUUCUUAGCCUAUCAGGUUCUAGAAUUGAAAAUUGGUCAACAGAGUUGGAGGGCUUAUGCAGAUUACAAUUGCUAGACAUUAGCGAUUGUUCAAUAAGCAGAUUCACUCGACCUCUUUCUCUAUCGAGGCUCAUUAGUUUGGAGGAAUUGCAUAUAAAAAAUAGCUUGACCAAAAUUGAGGUGGAGGGAGAAGUAAAUCAGAGUCAAAUUUCAGUUCUUUCUGAGCUGAAAUAUUUGCAUCAAUUGAAUACUAUAGAUGUAUGCAUCCCUAGUGUUGAAGAUUUACUAACAGACUUGUUCUUUCACGAGUUGAAUGAUUAUAAGAUUGUGAUUGGAGACAUUGAGACAAUUUCAAUUGGGGAUUUUAAGAUGCCCAAUAAAUAUGAAGCUUCCAGAUCUUUGGCACUGCAGCUAAAACCUGGCAUGGAUAUUCACUCCCUCAAAGGAAUCAAAUUGCUAUUCAAAGGAGUGGAGAAUUUGCUGUUGGGAGAUCUCUGUGGAGUUCAAGAUGCAUUUUAUGAGUUGAAUCUGGAUGGAUUUCCAUGUUUGAAAAACUUGUCGAUCGUAAAUAACAAUGCCAUUAAAUAUAUUGUGAACUCAAUGGAGUUGUCACAACCUCAAGACGCCUUUUGUAGUUUAGAGUUUCUCAACCUUUUCAACCUAAUGAACAUUGAGAAGAUAUGUUGCAGUCCUGUAACAAAUUCCUCAUUUUCUAGACUAAAGACCAUCAAAGUGAAGAUGUGCCCCCAAUUGAAGAGCAUAUUCUUCUUUUACAUUGUUAAAGUUCUUACUAGUCUGGAAACAAUUGAUGUCUCUGAAUGUAAUUCUCUACAAGUAAUUGUUGGUGAGGAAGGAGAAGGAUCCAACAAUAAGGUUGAGCUUCAAGAGUUACGCUCUUUGACACUACAAAAGUUACCAUCAUUUGUCAAUUUUUACAACAAAGUGCGGCAAGCAAGAAUCACUAAUGGCAUAGAAAUUGUUCCAGUAGAGGAUGAGCAAAGUGUGGCAACUUCCUUUCCUCUAUUUGAUGAAACUGUAGAUAUUCCAAAGUUAGAGAUCUUGAAUUUGUUCUCAAUCAAGAUCCACAUGAUAUGGAACAGUCAACCUUCAAAUGAUCGGUGUCCAGUAAUGGAGAAAUUAUUCAUCACUGAAAGAAAUAAGAAUGAGUAUCCAACGGUUUGUAUUUUUCCUGAGUUGGAGGAAAUCCAGUUGAGUAAAAUGGAGAAGUUAAAAGACAUAUGGCCUCAUGAAGACGAAGUCAGUGCAGAUUCAUUUCCUAGACUCACUUCUAUUGAGCAAUGUGUUGCCAACUUCUAUAGCCAAGGAUCUUGGAAAACUACAAAGCUUUUCAAUAGCCUCAUGUCGUAG